AAUGUUGUGAGUUGUGAUUUGAAAGUUUCACUCAAAAUCCUGCAACCAUUCCAAUUUUCUAUAAAUUCUCAAAGAAGACUUCAUUGCAAUCAUAAUUUGAUGUGAUACUUAUUAAAUUUACACUGUCAGAAUUUCAAUAAAGUCAAAAAGUGAAAUGGAUUGCUUUGAAAUAGCAGAAAACUGCCGAGCAUGUCAAAUUAAAACUUCGGAACAGUCACCAAUGAUAUUCAUCUUCAACACAGUCCAGCUCCCUGACAUCUUCAAAGAAACCACAUCCCUGGACAUUUAUGAGAACGAUGGACUACCCGGAGUAUUAUGUUUCUCCUGCUACAAUCGCCUCCUGGAAGCCUACAACUUCCGAAAAAUGUGUUUCGCUGCGGCUCUGCACUUCCAACAGAUCCUGUCAAUGGAUAUCCCUGAGGAGAAAUACACCCCACCAGAACAUUUAAGUGAUCCCCUGAUGGCUACAAAGACAGAUCCUGAUGAUUCGGAUUCGUCAAAUUUUCUUCCGGAGAAGAAAUAUACCCCUCCGGAAGAAAAAUUCAAUCCCCAUGAAGUGCCUUUUCAAAUGACGCUAGAUGAGAAGCCACUGAUAGUUGAGGACAAUUUAGCGGAUGAUAGUCUAUUAAUCCCACGAAAGAUCAAUAAAAGGACAAUCAAAAAACGACAAAAGUCCGCUAAAUCCUCUAAGAAGACAAGACCUGAUCAUCCGGGCGUCACUAUCAAACCUGAGAAACGUACGAACUUAUAUCUGGAAUGCGAACUCUGCAAUUUAAAGUUUAUCCGGAAAGAUCGUCUAGAGACGCACAUGAUGGUUAAGCAUCAGGGAUUGAAGGCUUUCGAAUGUAAGAUCUGUGGACAAGGAUUCACGCGUCCUGACUCAUUAAAAGGACACAUGGGAACCUUUCAUGGGGUCAAGAGAAAGUACCCAUGUUCAGAGCCAGGGUGCACGAAGCAUUACGAAACCGAGGAAGGUCUACAGAAGCACAUGAAAAGCUGGCAUGAUCCAGAGAAUCCCAGAAUUAUAAUUCCUAACAAGAAAACGUGGGUCUGUGAGGUUUGUGGGAAGGAGUUUAAGAUACCCGGUGCACUUAGAGAACACAGCUAUACCCAUGGAGUCACCAAACCAUUUGCUUGCGAACAGUGUCAUAAACGAUUCCCCACGAGAGCUAUGCUUAGGAUACACAUAAAGCGCCACAAAGGUAUUAAAAACUAUGAGUGUACUAUUUGUGGACUCAAGAAAGUUACAGCUCGUGAGCUGAAAACCCACAUGAAUACCCAUACGAAAGAGAGAACUUGGCCUUGCAAAUUUUGUCCUAGUACAUUCACUCAACAAGAAAAUAUGAAACGGCAUGUGAAGGUAGUUCAUCAAGGAGUAAAGGAUUUCCAUUGUCCGCACUGCGAGAGAUCAUUCGGAAAGGCGGAAACCCUAAAGCAUCAUGUAAUGACCCACACGGGAGAGAAGCCACAUGUCUGUAGCGAGUGUGGGAAGAGAUUUAUACAACCAGUAGCCCUCAAAACUCACAUGAAGACUCAUCUCAAACACAAGUGAAUUCUUAAUCUAAUUCUUGGUUAUUGUGCAUUGUACAGCAUUUCAUCAAUUGUGCAAAUUAUUUAAAUCUGCAAUGGUUAUAGCUAAAUAAAUUUAUGUGGUGAACUCAGAGGAGUCUCGGUAGGAAA